AGCGCUCAGGGAGCUCGGCCCCGCCGCCUCACCGCGCUCCGCCGCCGCGCUCCCCGGCCCUCCGGCCCCGCACCGGCUCUCCAUGUACGACAACUUGUACCUGCAUGGGUUUGAAGACUCGGAGGCGGGCUCAGCAGAUUCGUACACGAGCAGACCCUCAGAUUCUGAUGUCUCUUUGGAAGAGGACAGGGAAGCAAUCCGCCAGGAAAGGGAGCAGCAAGCAGCCAUCCAGCUGGAGAGGGCCAAGUCCAAACCAGUAGCAUUUGCUGUCAAGACCAACGUGAGUUACUGUGGGGCUCUGGAUGAAGAUGUUCCUGUCCCAAGCACUGCCAUCUCCUUCGAUGCCAAGGACUUCCUCCACAUUAAAGAGAAGUACAACAACGACUGGUGGAUAGGGAGGCUGGUGAAGGAGGGCUGCGAGAUCGGCUUCAUCCCGAGCCCGCUGCGCCUGGAGAACAUCCGCAUCCAGCAGGAGCAGAAGAGGGGCCGCUUCCACGGAGGGAAAUCCAGUGGCAAUUCUUCUUCAAGCCUUGGAGAGAUGGUUUCUGGCACAUUUCGAGCCACACCUACAGCCACAGCAAAACAGAAACAAAAAGUGACAGAACACAUUCCCCCCUAUGAUGUAGUGCCAUCAAUGAGACCUGUGGUGUUGGUGGGCCCAUCACUCAAAGGCUAUGAGGUGACAGACAUGAUGCAGAAAGCUCUCUUUGACUUCCUGAAGCACAGGUUUGAUGGGAGGAUAUCCAUAACCAGAGUGACAGCUGACAUCUCCCUGGCCAAGAGGUCUGUGCUCAACAACCCCAGCAAGAGGGCCAUCAUUGAGCGCUCCAACACCAGGUCCAGCCUAGCUGAAGUGCAGAGUGAGAUUGAAAGAAUCUUUGAGCUGGCCAGGUCCUUACAGCUGGUUGUCCUGGAUGCAGACACUAUAAAUCACCCUGCACAGCUUAUCAAGACAUCUCUAGCACCAAUUAUUGUCCAUGUGAAGGUGUCCUCUCCAAAGGUCCUGCAGCGACUGAUCAAGUCCAGAGGGAAGUCACAAAGCAAACACUUGAAUGUCCAGUUGGUGGCAGCUGACAAACUUGCACAAUGCCCACCAGACAUGUUUGACGUGAUCCUGGACGAGAACCAGCUGGAGGACGCCUGCGAGCACCUGGCCGAGUACCUGGAGGCCUACUGGAGAGCCACGCACGCGUCCGGCGCGGCGCCCGUCACCCCGCUGCUGGGCAGGAGCCUGGCCCCCGCCGCCCUGGCCCCGUACCCCGCUGCCAUCUCCGGCCUGCAGGGAUAGCUCAGACUCGGCUGAACUUUGACACUUCAAUCGUGGCAUGUAAAUAGUCCUUAAUGAGAAGGAAAACUCACACUGAAGAUGAAAAUCACCCCUGUGCAGUGGGCUGGCUGAAGAGCCAGCGCGGGAGGCACGGCGGCCACUCCGCGGAGAACUCUCCCCUCGAGCGGCGCAGCCUCAUGACCUCCGACGAGAACUACCACAACGAGAGGGCUCGCAAGAGCAGGAACCGCCUGUCUUCCAGUUCCCAGCACAGCCGAGAGCACUAUCCCCUCGUGGAGGAGGAAUUCCCUGACCCCUACCAGGACUCGUACAAACCCCACCGCACCCGCGGCUCCCCCGGCGGGUACAGCCACGACUCACGGCACCGGCUCUGAGCCCUGGGGAGUCACAGCAUCCGGCCCGUGGUACCUUGCCAUGACGUAGCUAGGAGUAACAAUUAGAUCAUGUUAAUUUGGCAGGUGUGACGGUGACACCGCGGUUGCACUCUGCUGUCAUUGAUGUUUAAUUAGGGGGCAGCAAAACCCAGCCCGGCCCUUCCGUUUCUGCCCGAUCAUAGAGGUUGUUUUUGGGAUUCUUUUUGGGUUUAAUACAGCGUUUGCAUUUAUAGCCAUAUUUUUUUCUUGUCCUUAGGUAUUAGACACAUCCGUUUGUAAUUUUGGGUACUUAUCGAGGCACUUAUAAAAUAAUUUCCUGUGCUGGAAAUUCCAAAUGACCAGUUCCAGUUGGAACCAAUUUAUAAACCAAUUCCUGUUGGAAUUUGGGUGAAUUGACUGGAAAGUCGACGUGAGCAUGUUGGGAAAAAACAAACACGAAGAAAAAUCUGAAAAUUACAAACCACUGCAAGUCAGAAAGUCAGCUCCAGUAUUUGUUUGCUGGGAGCUCAAUUUCCAUUUCAGGUUAGAGUAAAAGGAUUUAUUCUAACGAUUUCUUUCCAGAAUGGCUUUUUCAGACAAACCAAAUGUAAACUCUCGAGAGUGCCAAAUAUCCCAAAUUAUUGCAGCAGUUACAAAACACUUUCCAGUUCCAAAUUAUUUUUAGACCUGGCAUGAAUGUUGCAGCCAAAUGAUUCUUGAGUUCAGCCAGUCCUGACAGUUUUGUUGGGACCAGCAGGGAGGAGCUGCGACAGGAGACGGGAAGUAGGGACAGGAAAAGGAACAAACUCCAUCGUUUGUGUGCUUGGGGGUUGGGAAUAGUCUUUAUUUUUUCCCACUCUUUUACCUGAAUACAGCUAGAAGUCCCAAAAUGGAACAGGAGUAUAGAGACAUCAGAUUUUUCUCCCAUUUUUAUCCUGCUUUUUAAAUGGAAAACAAUCCCUUCCUCUGACCCCGUGUGUAAAGUCUCCCCACAUCUCAGUACCCCGAGUAGCUGCCCACAUGUUCCAUCCUCCCAAAUCCACCUCUGAAUGUCUGACAUUCCAGCAGCGCACAAGAACUCUGCAGAAGAUCCAUUCCAGCCAUGGAAUCCAAGGGGAGGGAGUGGGCUUAACCAGUCACCAGUGACAGACAUUUCAAACAACAUCUCGGUCAGAAUUGCAAUAAAAAGGGAACACCAGACAAAAAUCUGCUCCCAGGGAAGUCGUGGAGCUGAUUCCAAGCUUUGGAUUCCAAGAGCUAUGAUAAAUCCUUGGAGAUAUUGCUGCCUUACUUCCUACCAAUCAUUUCUUUCACCUGCUGAGUCUUGAGUUCCUUCCGAGAGCUGAAUUCCUGUGGCUGCACCUUGUGUUUUACACCAUCAGUGAAGCCUUAGAUCCCAUGGGAUUGAAAAUUGACCCCCAUUGCCCAUUUUGUACGACCACUGACAUCUGCCAGCAGAGCCUCCCGAAAUUCCCACCGCACACAUUCCCUGGAAUUCACACAGUUUUGCUGAACAUGCAUUUGUUUAUGCAGGUUCAUGUCACAGCUAUUUUUUUCUUCCCAAAAUAAGGAUCAUUAGCUUUUUUAUUUGCUUGUUUUCCUCCCAAAGCCUGCUGAACCCAGGCUUUGAAAGCAUGUAGCACUACAGGAAUUUCUGGAAUAUUCUGGUUUCUUCUGCAUCCUGGACCAGCUGGCAAAGCCCACUGGUAUUUCCAGCAUCCUGGAGUCUCAUUAUCCUCUUGAAGUUACUGGGAAAAGCAAUCCAUGUCCUUUGUGGGACACCCAAACCCACACCCAUCCCCAGCAGCAUUAAAAGGUGGCAGACACCUGAUUAAUUAAUCAUUUAUUUUAAUGACUCCACUGCCUAACAGGCAGCUGCAGCACCGCUGGGCGAUCCCAGUGGAGCAGUUACCAAGGGAAACGUGGAAAUCUCUGCAUCCACUGGAGUCCCAGAGUUCUGGAUGGAUCUGCCAGAGCUGAUCCUGCCUGCUCUGUGGCAGGAGCUGGCACUGGCAGCUCCUGCAGGAUUGUGUGCUGCAGCACAGGGGAGCAUCCUCCAGGAAGUUCUCCAGCCCUUUUUCCUUGUCCAGCACACAGAAAGGACAAAGGAGGCCUUGGGCAACCCCUUCUUCUCUGAGCUUUCCUCCUUCCUGAUUGCAGGGGAGCUGUAGAGCCCUGGGCAGCAGCUGCUUCUCUUUAUUCUGCACUAGAUUAGGGAUCAGCUCGUUAACUGCUUGAGGAGAUUUGCAUAUUUGCAUAUUUGACAGAGAUUUCCUAGAGCCUUUUGGAGCCUUGUUUUCAGUCUUCCAUGUCACCCCAGGCCAGGGAAGGAUCCCCAGCCACCACACUCUGCACAAUCCAUCACCUGAACAUCUUAAGUGCCAAAACAACUUGGGUUUGACAAAAACAACCUUGGGAGGGAAGCCAGGGAUGUCCUGAGGUCCUUUAUUCUGUGUGGUUAAGCUGCCUCGACUCCUGGGUGUCCUGAGUUUCUCCCAGAGCCCAUUCCAUUGUGAUCAAAGGAGCCAGGGGCCCUACAGGUCUCCCUCCUUGCUGGGGUGUUGAAUUCUGUGAAAAGAGAUAUUCUUGAAGUACAAAUACACCAGCCAGGCUGGGAGACUCUUCAUUUACUGCAGAGCCUGUGGACAGGGUUUGUUUGAAGAAGGGAUUUCUGUUCAGGACACAGUAAGGAGUGAAAGCUGUGCUGGGGGUCAGGAUUGGUAAUUCCUGGUGGGAUUCCAGCCCUGCUGAGCAGCUCUCUGGUGGUUUAGUUGAAAUUAAGGAGUGCAUGUGUUCCUGCCUGAAGCAAUCCAGCCUCAUUGUCUAGUCCUCACAUCAUUUCUUCUUGUUAAAAUAAUACUGAAGACCAGAGCUCUGUUCUCAGCUCUGGCAGGGACAGAGGGUUUAGAAAUGUUUAUAAAACUGGGAUUUUUUUUUUUUAAGUUGUGUUGUUACCCAAGUUUCUCAUUCAGAUACUUUGGGAUUAACAAGGAUUUAGCCAAUCAAGGUGAUAACAACAAUCUCUGAAGAGAAAAUUCAGCACAUAUUUAUGUUUGGGAAUCAAUUAUUUUAAUUGUUAACCUUUGCAUUACAAAUACUUUCUCCCUGGAGUUGUAUUUAACAUGUACAGAUUCUUUUCCUGAUGCCAAACAUUUCUCCCAUGGGAUGUGCAAGUCACAGCUGCUGAUGUUUGUAACUUCACUUUGAUGCCAAAUCUUCUGAAUUCAGUUUGGUCUCAACACCACAGAAUUCCCUGGAGCAUCCAGACUCUCCUGUCUUUACUGACUACACCAUUCCAAAACAAUAUUAUUCCUGUUGUUCACAGCACACUGAUUUGGGUAAGUCAGGGGUUCUGACACUCCUUUUUUCUUUAAUAAUCCAUUAAAUGUGUCCUCUGCUGUAUUUUCUUUCACAGGUUCAGUACUUCUGAAACUUGUCCUUGAUCCCACAUUCCUGAUUUUUUUUUUUUUUAAGGCAAAAUAAUUGGAGA